AUGAAUAAUCAAGAAGAAGCGGCUAAGCAACCUCCAAACAAACUUCCGGAUCUAACCCUAUUCCAGCAAGCAAAUUCUGAAAUUGCUCUUGCUGCCACCCAAGCUAAUUCCCAUUUUGCCCCUCCUAUUCAUGAUUCGUUCCCUUCGAUGAUAGAAAGUGACGAAGAAUCUGAUGAAGAAGAAGAAGAAGAAGAAGGAAGCAGUGAUAACUACUACGAGUAUUUCGAUAGCAAUGGGUUUGGAGAAGAAGAUGACGAAAUCAAUGAGUUUCUUGAGGACCAAGAAAGCAACUCCAACAUUGAGGAGGAUGGUUUCUUGGAGGAAGAAGAUGAGAUUGACCCCGACCAGUUGUCGUACGAGGAACUGAUUGCCCUUGGAGAAUUCAUCGGAGUCGAAAAACGUGGCCUGACUCCGACCGAAAUCUCCUCGUGUUUAAAGACAUCUAGCUACGUAUUUUCACAUGACAAAAACAAGAUUGAUCGUUGUGUAGUUUGCCAAAUGGAGUUUGAAGAAGGAGAAUCUUUGGUCGUUCUCCGACUUUGUGACCAUCCAUACCACUCUGAAUGUAUAACCAAAUGGCUUCAGGCGAAGAAGAUUUGCCCCAUUUGCUGUUCUGAACCAUCUCUCAGCUAA